UGCGGGUUACGUUCUAUGGUUACGUUACAGUUUUUUUAAGCUGGAAUCGAGUUUAUAAUUAUUUUGACUUUACCUAUUUAUUAAAUUUAUUUAUAUAUUGAAUACGAAAGAAUUAGACUCAGACAAAGAUUUACAAUUACAAAUAGGAGCUUCAACUGAAAUACACAAUGAAAAACAUUGUAAGAAGUAUAAAUACAUUAAAAUUAGUUGUGUUACUGUCCAACAUUGGCAAACAAAGUUUAUGUCAGAACGAGAACUUACGUGUGAGCGAGAUUAAAACAAAAUUCAAAAGAACGCUGGUAACACAUACUGGAGAAAAGCGUAACAAGUGCAAAAUUUGUUUUAAACAAUUUACUCUAGCAGGAAAUUUAAAACAGCAUUUACUAAGAUUUCACACAGGAGAAAAGCCGUACAAGUGUGAAAUUUGUUCUAAGCAAGUUAGUCAAAAAGUAGAUUUGAAGAGGCAUUUAAUGAUACACACGAGAGAAAAGCCUUAUAAGUGUGAAAUUUGUUCUAAACAAUUUAGUCAUAAUCACCAUUUAAAAUACCAUUUAAGGGUACAUACGGGAGAAACGCCUUAUAAGUGUGAAAUUUGUUCUAAGCACUUUAGUCGAGAUCAUCAUUUAAAAACCCAUUUAAGGAUACACACGGGAGAAAAGCCUUAUAAGUGUGAAAUUUGUUCUAAGCACUUUAGUCGAGAUCAUCAUUUAAAAAACCAUUUAAGGAUACAUACGGGAGAUAAGCCUUAUAAGUGUGAAAUUUGUUCUAAGCACUUUAGUCGGGAUGAAAAUUUGAAAAGCCAUUUAAGGAUACAUACGGGAGAAAGGCCUUACAAGUGUAAAAUUUGUUCUAAGCAAUUUAGUCAUGGUGGAAAUUUGAAAAUUCAUUUAAGGAUACACACAGGAGAUAAGCCUUAUAAGUGUGAAAUUUGUUCUAAGCAGUUUAUUCGGGAUGAAAAUUUGAAAAGCCAUUUAAGGAUACAUACGGGAGAAAAGCCUUACAAGUGUAAAAUUUGUUCUAAGCACUUUAGUCGGGAUGAAAAUUUGAAAAGCCAUUUAAGGAUACAUACGGGAGAAAAGCCUUACAAGUGUGAAAUUUGUUCUAAGCAAUUUAGUCAGAAUGGAAAUUUGAAAAUGCAUUUAAGAGUACACACGAGGUGAGGCAUUCCUAUAAUAUGUUCUCUAUCAGGCCCGUAUAUCUGUAAUCAAUUCGGCUGUUGUGUAAGGAGUUUAUUAUGGCCCAAUGUUAUACACAAUCAAACGCUUUUUCAAAGUCGAUGAAUACCAUGAAUAAUGGCAUGCUAAAAAAUUCAGUUUACUCAAUGGAGUGCUUUGAAACAUCAUAUUAGGUCACAUACGGAAGAAAAGCAUCACAUGAAAUUUAAUUAAAAGUAAUUUAGUGAGGCAGGAAGUUAGAAAAAUAAUUUAAGAACAAGUGCACAUCUUAUAAACCUUAUAUUAUAUGGAUUAAGAAUAAAACAAUAUGAAAACUCGA